GCGUGCGCAACGAACCGGAUUACAGCCUGGGUGGCGACGGGUACUCGCACUACAGUUGCCCGAAUACCAACGACGAUUACGCCCAAGUUGCAGAUAGCACAGAUGGAUAUCAUCACUACUCUUUAGCUCAGAAGACGCUCGGACUGCGCACUAUCUCUUGCUGUUCGUAUUGUCGCUGAGCGAUACUCACCCUUAGGAGACUGCAAGGUACUGUGCGCAAAAGAAAAAAAAAACAAAAGCAAAAAAGUGCUGCCUGGACAAUAAAGCUAAAGCUUUCUCGCCGAGUUUAUCAAACGCCCAGCACCAGACUUGUUCUGUCGAGGCCACGCGGAGGGGAAGUACCCUGACUGUAAGCUUCGCUCCUGCUUUGAUUUAUUCCCACCGCCAGGAAUCGAUCCUACGCGCCGUUCGGCCGUCCUGCCCAAAAGGUCGGUCCUGCUGCCAGCGGCGACUGGGUUAAGCGGUGCCAUUCUGGAACUGGUGUUUUCCUAUUCAGCACACUUUUGCCCCAGCGUUGGUCUUGGAAGCUUUGCCUGCUAGACCUGCAUUAGUGUCAACAAGUCUGCGUCGGCUUCUCGAGCCCGAAAAUAUACAGCUCUAAAAGACGAUGGCGUGUUUCAUGUUGGUGUAAAGUGCUGCCGACUUGGAGUUAAAGUGUGUGGUGGAAUCCAGUUGUGUAUGGAAGAAUUUGUUCAUCCAGUGUGUGGCGAGUAAACUGUGUGGGCGAGAGUAACCACUCCCCCCGCCCUUCCCGGUGUCUUGUAGGUAGUGUCCUACAAUUCUACUGUAAGCAUUACUUAGCAGACAGGCUCCAUGGCGACCUUUGAACUUAUGCAUCGCGACAUAGUGUCGCCAAUACUCAAACAAUCGACGCAGAAUGGAUCAGAGAGUGGUCUCCCUUUAAAUUCCGUGGCUAUGGGUCACGUUUGCCCGAAGAGGGAACUUCUUUAUAUUCCAACGUCCACAGUCUUGAGAAGAAUGUGAGUUGUUUUCAGGACGAGUAUACAAUUUUAUCAGUCUGAAACGUUCAUUUCGAAGCAUGGCGAGGUGAUUCUGUCGACUCAGGCUUCCAAUUUAUAGAAUCAAGUCCCUUGGCUCAAAGUUUCUUUGAAGCAUAUGGGCAAAGUCAGACUUAAAUUGAGGAUUUCGGAGGAAAAGUGAGGCAGAAUAAUGGAACCUGAUUCUGUCCGUCACAGACUAACCUCCUGGGACGCGCCCACCAUUGUCUGCGAUAAUGGAAAAGAACUUACAGCAGGCCCAGCAACUCUUGACUGCCAAGUAGACCACAUUUACGAACCUUGCCAGAAACGCCAAAGGAAAGAACCCAAAGCCCUCCAUGUGACUAAACUGAAUAGGGUCGAUAGCUCGUCCUCACCUCGGCAAAUGCCGGUAACCAAGCAGUGGAGAUUCGAGAAAACAGAAAACGUUCCCGAUGAAGUGUUUACGUUAGACCACGAGAGAUCCCUGUUUGUAGGCCAGGAUUUCAAUCCUAUACGAAACGUGUUCCUGAAACAUCCCGCCUCACAUCCUUCCUCCCCUGCUCACCGCUCCGUCCUCGGGAGGUCAAGGCCGCAAGGCAGACGGCGGCGAUACCGGAAGCGCCGCGUACUUGACCGCGCGGACGUGCAACGCCUCCUGGAAAGAGGCAGAAUCAAGGGUAGCUACUCUCCGACCUCUUCAACCUCCGAGUCGUGCGACACGACUUUGGAGCGCCUGAAAUUCAGGCCUUAUGGUUCUGACGAAGGAACGUGUUCCAGCCCCCACCAGACGGAGUUCCGCAAAAGAUCGUCGACUUUCUCCACGACUACAGACGACACGUGGUUCGGUUCCAACGAAAGACUCGGCGAACUGUUUGGGUCGUUCGAAGAACCGUCCUAUGACGCCUCUUCAGAGUUCCAGCUCUUCAACCACGACUCGCGGCGACCGUCGUCUGACGACGCACGUGCUACGCAAACUGACGCGCCAUUCCUCCUCGUCGCGUCUCAGUGUGAGGUCACCGAGCCUGCCCCCAGACAAUUUCCGCCUGUCCUUCUGUCGGCUGUGGGUAACAGAGACUUCCGGUCAGAUCCUUUCGCACCGGACCGGAACUCGUUAGACUUUCUGCGGAUUUCCCCGCAACAUCGUGCUUGUGUAGGACUAGGUCAUGGCGACACAUCCUUAUCCAGUAACAGCUCUCACUAUCUGGAACGACCCAUGACCUUUGCUACCUUAAGUGACCAAGGCAGUGGGGCGUCCACGAGGCGCAGUCGCCUGGAAGUUUCUGGAACCAGUAGAAGUCAGUCCGAUCGGAGUACCAACUCCAGCGGGGGUCGGAGCUUUGACCCCGUGAUGGAGAACCCGUACCAAGAGAUUCCGGAGAACACGAUGGAUUACUGCUCAAAUCUGGAUAUCGCCAACGGCGGGUUAGUCACCCCCACCCGACGCCGCUCCGAGAACGAGAAGAACGCUGGGAGCAGAUUCGCCAUCCGACGGAAGGGAAAGGACAAGGAGGUCGACUACCCGGAGCACCAAACGAGCGACAAGAGACGGGUGGAUGUCGGCCUUGGAAUACCUACCUUUGGUCCUGGCUCAGUCUGGCUUCACCCGAGCAUGUUCAAAGACAUUCCCGAGGACUCUCAGAAGCAGAUUAUGAGCGAGAUCGAAAUGACGAACCUUCGCAUCGCACACCCAUCCCCGGAAGUGGAAAGCCCUGGGGAGGCAGCCACCGCGCAGGACCGACUCCUGACAGGGACUUUGUUCCGCAAUGGCAACAACGGCUCGGCUAACCACUACCAGUACAAGCACCACGCUUACGAGCUGGGUGCACCGAGACCGCGGCCGAUGACAGGGUCUGGGAUGGUCUUUCGCCGGCGGCGGAGCACGUGCUGGUGUCUGAUGGUCGUGGUUGUGGUGGUCGUCUUGCUGGCGGCUGGUAUCAGUCUGGGCGUCUUUUUUGGUGUCGUGCGCAAAGGCGGGGAGCAGGCAGCCGAAGGAUCGUUGGCGGAUCUGGACAGGACAGGAAAUGCCUCGUCGUCAUCGUCCUCGGCGCCAAAGACGAACAGCACCUGGCGGAACCUGACGCCGUUGCCGCCCAUCGUGAACAACUCACAGCCUCCGCCUCCUCCGCCUCGGAAGACCAACGCCCGUCCAACAGAGUCCGCCGUAGAAGGAAGUAGCAGCAGUACCAACGUCAAACCGGAUCCUGGGUCGUCAAGCGCAACCAUUGUGCGAGACUUCAAGACUUUCUGGCACCCUGGCGACAGUCGGGUCUUGGAAGUUUACCUUAGCAACGGCACGGUGCUGCAGGCUUCCGGCUACAAGUCCAACGACGGCACCUUCCGAGGGUUGUAUGCUUUCAGUCUCAGCGACGGCCAAGGCCGAACGACGCGCGUGCGCUUUAUGGGCAAGAACAACCUGGCUUCCGUCGUGCUCCCCGAUGGCUCGGUAGUCAGCCUAGACUGGUCCGCCAACAACGCUGACCUGGAGUGCAAGGUCUUUAAGAUUCAGCCGCACCCUCUAAGCACUACAGGGCGGCAGGCGGCGGAGGACCGGGCCACCCCAACCUCUUACCUGGCCACCCUGCAACUCGGGGUACACUCCUACGCCCUCCGCCACGUAUCACGGGAGCUUAACGAGGCGGGAUCGGGCUUGAGCGACGAUUGGCAAGGGGAUGAAGAGGCGGACGCCGCCGCUGCCGCAGACGACGAUGACGUCACGACAGACUCUUCCGCUCGCUUCUGUGCGCAGCGACUUCCGGUGAAGGUUACCAAGUGUGGCGGCCAGUACCCCUACGACGGCGCCUUCGUGCAAGGGGAGAUCACCCUCCAGUCACAGCCCUCCCUGGCCAUGGUGGCGCUGCCGUGGAAGCGGGAAGAUGACGACGACGUGUGCUACAGUGAGUUCCGCGACGCCAGCCCCAACUUCUUCAUCCCUCUUCCCGGGUACAUCCACCCGACGGCUGCCACCCGCAUUUCGGCCAACUUCUGGCGGACCGCCUCGCGCUGGUGGGCUCGCGUAUGCGACGUGGUGGACAACAUGCUGGAAGUGGAUCUGCAGCGCCAGGAAGUUUGUGCAAACAUGGCGCACAACGCGCAAGGGCAGUUUUCUCGUAACCUGUAUAGCGUAGUAUACGACAGCUGCAGCGCGCUGCUGACCUCCCUGCACCUGGCCUGUAAGCCCUCGGCGACGUCAGCCGGCGCAGCCUAGGCGCCCAGCGCCAGCACCGCGAGAGGGGACGCCAGCGGCAUUAGCAGUAACAGCGCCAGCAGCACCGGCAACAGCAACGCAGGCGGGGACGGGGGCGCUGCACGUCAGACACUGACCCUCGAUGUCCUGCAGAAAAUCCUUGCCAACGCCUCCUCCUUCCAUGACUACGCGUCUCUGCGGCAGCAAAGUGUCCACGUGAAGACCUACGCUUUCUGCCCGUCCACCCAGCCGCUGACCUCGUUCGAGAAGACCGUGUACCUGCGGACGGACCCGGCCGUUUCCAGCAGCCGCGCGCAGGCCUCCGACAUCACUGCUGCCGACAUGGUGCACGUCAACUGCCCGGGCCAGCCGGAAGUGACGUACUUCUUCUUGGGCCACGCUUACAUCGCACAGGGAGGCGGGAUGGCGGCCAGCGCCGACGAGCAAUUGCUGGACAAGGUGACGCACCGUUUGAAGGUGUGCGCGAUCUGCGCCUACGAGAAGGCGUUGAGCGUGCGCGUGCUGCGGGAUUUCAUGUCGUGCAACGACACCUGUACACGCCGCAAGGUGGCGGCCGAUAGCAGUAAUGACGUAGGUGCUGGCCGCACGGAGACCUUCACCUUCACGGAGCAGAGCAACGUGUACUGCCACGAGUUCCUGACCUCCGCAGACACUCCCAUCCCGCCCUUGGGCCAAGACUGCCGCGGCACGUGUCAGUCCAGCCUGGAGGUCAGGUUCAUGGUCACGGACACCAGCGUGGCCGGGGAGGCAGCCUUCGGCGUAGCCAGCACGGGGCUGGGGCAGGUGUACCUGGACCAGGUGCUCACCUGUCACGAGGGGUACCGAAGCACGUGUAAGAGUACAUUCGGGCAUUGAGCUCGUCGUGUUCACCUGACGCCUUGAUCCCUACAUAAUCCCCCAUACCCACAUUCUACUCUCUUCCGCACCUGCCUGUUUAAAAGUUGGCAAGUGUUGUUUCUUCUAAUGAAUGUGCGACGA